UCAUCGCUUAUCUGUCUGGAAAGCCUCCGCAAAUGAAAUCGUGUGGUGGGCGGGGUUGGCCCGGCAAGGAGCUUCUCUGUUAGGUGGGAGAUGGGUAUGAGUGACCCAGCUCCCAAAACUCAGUAGUUUAGUUGGAAUUGAGAAGCGAGACAUGAAUAUGAGAAAUAUGGAAUUCCCUAACAAAAAGCUUUGAUUUUGCUCAAUUUGAUCAACACUGAAGAAUCCAUUUCCCCAUCUCCAUUUGGCUGAACUGGGAAAAGGGCUACUUUAAUAUUGCGCGUUUAUGCAUCUACAUUUUCAUAGCUGCAUCGCUGAACUAUUGUAAACUACUGUCAAAGUAGUCACAUUGGAGUGAAGCGCUCGCUCAAUACGGUGCAGAGCGGCGUGUGAGUGGCUGCGUGCCCCACCCUGAAGAAGAGAGGAGUGAUGGAGGUGUGGAGCAGCGAAGAAGAGAAGGGUCUGACUGAACUGGAGGGCUCGACAGGCACCAUGAUAGCCUUGAACUCUUCCAGCCACCUCCUCCUCUACUAUGAUGCUGCUAACCACACCAACUACACCACCACCAACAACAUCACCUAUUUCCCUUACUACCAGCACUCCCUCCCUGUGGCUGCUAGCUUCAUCCUGGCCUACCUGUUCAUCUUUCUGCUGUGCAUGGUGGGUAAUGUGCUGGUGUGUCUGAUCGUGCUGGGGAACCGCCGCAUGAGAACCGUUACCAACCUUUUCAUCCUCAACCUGGCGGUCAGCGACCUGUUGGUGGGCAUUUUCUGCAUCCCCACAACGCUAGUGGACAACCUCAUCACAGGCUGGCCGUUUACCAACACUGUGUGUAAACUGAGUGGUCUGGUGCAGGGGAUGUCUGUGGCUGCCUCAGUCUUCACCCUGGUGGCCAUCGCAGUGGACAGGUUCCGCUGCAUUGUGUACCCUUUUCAGCCCAAACUCACCCUCUUAGUUGCCAAGGCGACCAUAGCGAUGAUCUGGGUUCUGGCCGUGGUAAUCAUGUGUCCCUCAGCAGCUGCCCUGACCGUGGAGGAGGUGGCUGAUCACUACAUGGUUUACAGCCAGAACUACAACAUGACCUACCCCCUGUACUCCUGCUAUGAGAACUUUGCUGACCCGAAGAUGAGGAAGGUCUACACCACGGUUCUGUUCGCCCACAUCUACUUGGUGCCCCUGACUCUCAUCACCGUCAUGUACGGGCGCAUCGGGGUGAAGCUCUACACUUCUGUGGUGUCAAGCAGAGAACCUCAGGAUGCAGCACCUCCUCCCCCCCCAGCAAGGCAUGACGGGGGAAGGCCACAGAUCUCCCAGAAGAAGAUCAAGGUGAUCAAGAUGCUGAUCGUGGUGGCCCUGCUGUUCAUGCUGUCCUGGCUGCCGCUGUGGACUCUGAUGCUGCUGACGGACUAUGGAGGGCUGGGAGAGGAACAGCUGGAGCUCCUCACUGGAUACAUCUUUCCAUUCGCCCACUGGCUAGCCUUUUCCAACUCUUCUGUCAACCCCAUCAUCUACGGAUACUUCAACGAGAACUUUAAGAGGGGCUUCCAGGCCGUCUGCCAGACCAACUCUUGCUGCCCCACAGGGAAUAGGGGUGAGGUAACGGGAAGGGGAACUAGGGAAGGUAGAGCAAGAGAUGGGGGUAAUGGUGGAUUGGAUGGAGGCGGACUGAGGGAUCCCACAAGCAACCCCAAUCCUCUCUUGUUUGGGGCAAGAAACAAAGUAUACACCGACGGUAAUGUGGCAGACUCUGUGCUCCUUGAGCUGGAGUUGAAGAAGAAUUCAAAGGUGGGAAGCAACACGGUCCAUAUUGAGGGCAGGGGGACUGGGGCGAGUGGAGGAAUGGGGAUUGGCUAUGUGAUGAACAAAAAGGGGAUUCAUGUUGAGGAGCCCACCAGCCCAAUGGGAGUGUGUCAGGCCUGGGAUCAUUAGUGGGGAUUGAAACUAUGGAGGUGAUUUCAGCAUCCCUUGUGAAUAGAAAAGAUAGGCACAGUCUUAUUUCAUUUUAUUUUAGAUGAUGUGGUAUGUGGACUCAAGUCAACAUUGAAUUAGACCACAUGACAAACUUUGACCUUGGAGUCAUUCUAAGAUCCCUCCAACCACUAAAAGAAGACCUGGGCCCGUAUCCACAAAGUGUCUGAAUAGAAAAUUGGUCAUAAUAAGUGCUGAGAAUAGAUGCAUCCCACUGGGUGCACACUGGUUGAAUCAACAUUGUUUCAACGUAAUUUGUCAACGCGGUGUGCCGUGGAAUCAACGUAGGAAAUGCGUUUAGAUUAUUUUUUAAAGUCAUCAACCAGUGCCGUUUAUCAUAUUUCAACCAGCGUUGUAAACAUUGAAAUUAGAAUAAAACCAACUUAAAUUCAUAGAUUAAACAACAUAAUAAUCAUGUCUACUUUAAACUGGGUUAAAUUCUACAUAGAAAUGUUAAUCUUUUUCAUCCUAUAUUCAAUAUACAUUGUUUUGGGUGGUUGGAAUUAUGUUGAAUUUCAUAUUUGAUUAGACAUACAGUGCCUUCAGAAAGUACUCAUACCCCUAGACUUAUUCCACAUUUAGUUGUGUUCGAGCCUGGAUUAAAUAUAUUUUUCUCACCCGUC